AUGUGUGCCAAAAGAGAGGAUAACUCUUUGCGGUACAGGAGGGCUCAGAGUGUAACCACCGCUGAAGAUAUUACAGAGAAAGAAAAUAAGGCUAGAAGAUUACAGUAUGAUAAGCCCUGUCACAGACCCAGGGACUCUCUUUUCUCAUGGAGUUCAGAGUUCACAAAUUUUACGGGUUUAGUAAAUUGGGGUUUUCUCAUGCUAACUAUCAGUGGAUUGCGCUUAUGUCUUGAAAACUUUCUUAAGUAUGGAAUUCGUGUCAAUCCUUUUGAGUGGAUUAUUGUACUAACGGGAUAUAAUGAUGAAAAUUAUAAACAUGAGUAUCCUUCAAUAAUAUUGCUAUGUUUUAGUGGAGUACCUCCUGUUGUAUGCUUCUUGAUUGAAAAAGCUAUUGCUGUGGAAUUCUUCUCGGAUAAGUUAGGUGAAUCAUUACAAAUAAUAACAAUACUUCUAGAGAUUAGUUUACCAGUGAUUGCGCUUCAUUUCACUAAUCAGGAAUUUAAUAUUGUUGGCAUAUCAACAGCCUGUAUGGUGUACUUAAUAUUGUUUUUGAAGUUGUGGAGUUAUUGUCAAACAAAUCAUUGGUGCCGAGCUGCAAAAUCUAAACAAUCAAAUUCACUUCGUCGCCAAAGUUUAUCCGUACCGAAUUGCAAAGAUGUAGACGACGAGGUAGUUACAGGCAUCGUACAGUAUCCUGAUAACUUGAAGCUUGGUGAUUUGUUUUACUUCCUGCUCGCACCUACCCUUUGCUAUGAAUUGAAUUUCCCUCGUACUAAUAGAAUUAGGAAGAGGUUCCUAAUCAAAAGAAUAGUCGAAGUAAUAUUCGGUAUGAACCUUGUGAUGGCACUAUUUCAACAGUGGAUGAUACCGGCGGUGACGAACGCCCUAGAUCCUUUCUCGCAAAUGGAUUAUGUAAGAAUUACAGAGAGAUUGUUGAAACUUGCCAUACCUAACCAUUUACUAUGGCUGUGCUUCUUUUACCUCACAUUUCACUCGUUCCUAAACCUAAUGGGCGAGUUAUUACACUUCGCAGACCGUAACUUCUACGGGGAUUGGUGGAACGCGCGUAAUAUUUCCGUAUUUUGGAGUUCGUGGAAUAUGCCCGUGCACGUUUGGGCCGUACGACACGUAUACGUGCCCGUUACUAAUAUGGGCUAUAGUAAAGGCGUGUCGGCUAUUAUGGUCUUCUUUAUAUCGGCGUUCUUUCAUGAAUAUUUGGUGAGUGUCCCGCUUCAGAUGUUCCGAGUGUGGGCGUUUUUAGGGAUGAUGGCUCAACCGCCUCUAGCUGUCAUUUCAAAGGUAUUUGAGUGGCGUUUGGGAGCGCGUUGGGGCAAUAUGGUUGUUUGGAGUUCGCUCAUACUCGGUCAACCACUCGCUAUAAUGAUGUAUUACCACGAUUACGCCUUAACGCAAAUGAAGCCAUAA